AUGAUACAGGAGGACAAAUCUCAAUCCAAAAUCCUUGGUAGAAGCCUAAAUUCAUCACGGAGUGCAGUAUACUAUCAAGACACGGUGACAGUAAUGAUGAAAGGACAUGAAAGGGAACUGACGAAGAUCCUAACGAUCUUCACGACAAUUGAUCUUUCAAACAACUGUUUUCAGGGUGAUAUUCCAGAAUCUAUAGGGAUUCUUAAGUGGCUCCGUCUGCUCAAUUUAUCAGGCAACGGUUUCACAGGUCAAAUUCGAACAUCACUUGAGAACCUAAGGGAGCUCGAGUCGUUGGAUCUCUCACGGAACAAUAUCUCAGGGGAGAUUCCUUGGCAGCUGACAAAGUUAACGUUUCUCUCCACGUUGAACCUUUCACAAAACCAGCUCGUGGGAAGCAUACCACAAAUUAAACAGUUUUCCACAUUCACAAAUAAAUCCUUCGAAGGAAAUUUGAGAUUAUGUGGACCUCCGCUAUCGAGAAAAUGCAUUUCAACACCAUCAGUAAUGCUGACCUUUGAAGAAACAGCUUCAGAACUGGAUUGGAAAUUCAUGUGGAUCGGAUUUGGAGUUGGAUAUGGAGUAGGAAUGGGAGUUUUUUGCUGGACCCUGACAUUAUGGAUCGAGAAGUGUGGUUCCUCGGGAGGUGAAGGGGCUGCUGACUCUGGAUAA